UCCAUCUCCAUCCUCAUCCUUUUCCACCACACGCACACACUCUGAGUCUCUCAAAACCCUCAGAAAAUUUCCAUUUCUUCCUUUUCCUUUCUCAAUCAUGCUUCUUCGUGCUCCUUCACCCCCCCUCUCUGUCGCUAAUUCUCUCCCCGAGAAUCUCACUCCUCUCUUUUCUUCUUCCUCUUCCAUUCUCAAGCUUUCUCCCCCCAGAAAUGGUGGCGGUUCGCUGGUUGUUGCGGCCUCAAAAGGAGCUAAUACUCGGCCGUUAACGGGAGUGGUUUUUGAGCCAUUUGAGGAGGUUAAGAAGGAGCUUAGUCUUAUUCCCUCUGCUCCUCAAGUCUCGCUUGCUCGUCAGAAGUACACCGAUGCUUGUGAGGCUGCCAUUAAUGAGCAAAUUAAUGUUGAAUAUAAUGUGUCAUAUGUAUAUCAUUCCAUGUAUGCCUACUUUGACAGAGACAAUGUAGCACUCAAGGGUUUGGCCAGGUUUUUCAAGGAAUCAAGUGAAGAAGAAAGGGAUCACGCUGAGAAACUGAUGGAAUAUCAGAACAAACGAGGUGGACGAGUGACAUUGGAGUGUUUGAUUAAGCCCUUGUGUGAAUAUGACAAUGAGGAAAAGGGAGAUGCCUUGUAUGCAAUGGAGCUCGCUUUAUCCCUUGAGAAGCUAACAAAUGAAAAGUUACUCCACUUGCACAAGGUGGCUGAAGAGAAUCACGACGUGCAGAUGACUGAGUUUAUUGAAAGCGAAUUCUUGGGAGAACAGGUAGAAGCAAUCAAGAAAAUCUCAGAGUAUGUUGCACAGCUAAGAAGAGUAGGCAAGGGACACGGUAAGGAUAACAACAACCCACCCCCAAUUGCCUCUCGGCUUCGCUUUUUUCGUUCCUAAUGUGGUUAACGAUAUUAUGUUUGAAACCUUUUCUUUCAGGAGUUUGGCACUUUGAUCAGAUGUUGCUUCAGGAGGAAGCAUAAACAAAGGGAUUUUGCUGCAUAGAGUAAAAGUUUAGUGAAAUAUGAAAAUAAAAUGGUGUCCAGGUUGGAUGUGGUUGUUUGUGUUUCUAGUUUUAGAGGGCAGAUGAUGAUUUGUGUUAGAAUUUUCUGUUGUUGUUAACGUGUUAGUUAAUAUUGUGGUUGGUUUCAAAGGUUUAUUUUGAUGUUAAUUGAAGAUUCUCACUUGGUUUUUAAUUCUAAACUAAACUUUAUCUAA